AUGACAUUAUCAUCUUCGCGUACUGCUGGUCAUGGUUAUGCUUCAACAUCAUCAAAUAGUGGCAACAGCAACAACAAUAAUAACAAGAAUGAUUCAAAGUCAGAUAAGAAUACAGCAUCAACAACAACAUCAGCAGCAGAUGAUCAACAGCAAGGUUCAACAGAGAAGAUCAAGAAGUUGUUGCAAACCUUUGAUCAAAAGUUUCAGAACAAUGCAUUGGAGUCGGAUCAGAGACGUGCGAGCGGUGGACCACAACAGGAUAGACACGAGGAGACCUAUAUCGAUGAGGAUGGAGAUGAGAUCGAUGAGGAUGGCCUUGUAAAGAGCAAGAUGACCGAGGAGGAGGAGUCAAUGAACGAGGACCUCGAGACGAUGAUUGAAGAGGAGAUGGAGAAUGGUGAUGAGCCCUACGCAUUCGACCCCAAGAUGAUGCGUCAGUUCAACAGGUACCAGCAGGUCGCCAUUCCCGCCGACAAUGUCGAGUUCCACCGCAACAUGGAGAUGGUCAACUUAUUCGUGGGCGAGGACGAGGACGCCGAGGCCAUCGACAAGGAGCUGGCCGGCCAGGACUUUGACGAGCUGAUCGCCGAGGAGCAUGAGGAGCUGUUUGAGGAGGAUCCCGAGCAGGACGAGAUGGAUCUGGAGAUCGAAGACGAGGAGAGGCGCUACAAUGAGGCGAUCAAGAACGGUGAGCCAAUCGAGGCCAAGUCAUUCUCGACGUUCGCCGCACUAAACUAUGAGCUGCCCGAGGACGCCACGCCCGAGCAGAUCCAGACGCACAUCACAACCAUCAAGUAUUUGAAGCAGUAUGGUAUCGACACGACCAAGUUCACGACGAACGAGCUGGCAUUCAUGGCGCGUCUGAGCCCCGAGGAGCUUCAGGAGACUGUCGACGAGCAAUUUGAUACGGUCGAGCUGGCCGAGUUGGAGGAGCCCAACUACGAGCCUGCCCUGCACGAGGUCGACGAGGAGACUGGCAUCGUCAAGGAGGAGAUCAGCGACGCCUACGUCCUACAUCAGCGCGACAAAUUUGAGUUUGACUUGGACGAGGACCAGAAGAAGGCCAUUGAGGAGGGCCAGAACAAGCGUAAGGAGGCCAGCGCACAGGACGGUCACAACACUCUGUACGACGAUCACAACGCGAGCGAGAACUUCUUCCUGGUGGAGGACGAGCGCGUCUAUAACGAAGAGGAGUUCAAGGCGCUGUCCGAUGCCCUCGACUCUGAGCCCCUGUACGCCUACGAGAAGGACAACUAUCUGGACAGCAUGCAAGAGCUGGACGAGGAGGAUCUCGAGCUCAACACAGACGGCAAGCAGAGCGAGCUGCGCACAUUGCUCGACCCACUCAAGCACCUGACGCCAGGUCUCAUGUCACGUAUGACUGAGGAUCAGAACGAUCGCUUCGUGGCCAGCCUCAAGUUGGACAAGUAUGACAAUAUGCCCGUCGAGGAGUUCAAGGCCAAGGUCGAGGAGAUGAAGGCCGUCGACCCCAAGUUCGCCGAGAGUCUCGUCGAUCGUUCUGAAGAGGUGCCACUCGUGGGCACUGAGGAGGAGAUUGAGCAGUUGCUUUCCGACGAGCUGAUGGACGAGAAUGGGGAGGACGAGGAUGACAUCCACGACGAGACCGACCUGUUUGAGUUUGACGAUCGCACCCAAGAGACCAUCGUCGACGGCGCUGAGGGUCUGGUCCAGUUCCAGGACUACGUCGACAACCUCUACUACCACGAGCAGCUGUACGACACUGAGUGGCACGAGCAUCUGCGCGUGCUGGGCACCGAUGUGGACAUGUAUCUUAGACGCAACAAGAAGAAGAUGGUGGCGCUGUCCAAGCGUCGCGAGCGCGCUGCCAAGUACCGCGCCGAGACUCUCAAGAAGAACGCAGCCAACCCCGUCACCCCCGUGUACAAGCGCCAGGAGCUGCCCAGCGGUGAAUAUGUAUUUAAGUCGACACACGCGCCCAACACCUUUGUCCGCAUCAAGCCAUUCACCGAGGAGGAGAUAGCACCAGAGCACGCCGACAAGUUCAAGCAGACACUGACCGAGUCGUACCGCACGCUGUCGGGCAACGGCUACUACUCACGCCGCGACACCAAGAAGACGAUGGAGAUGAUCAGACGCGCACUCGCCAGCUACAAGCCACACAUGAACUCACGUCGUCUCCAAUUGGAGAGUUCAGACAUUACCAAGGAUCCAAGAUUCGAGAAGCAGAAGAACCUCAUCGUCGAGCCAUGGAUGUUGCCAAGAUACAACCCAGAGUACUACAGUGGCGAGGACAUGCAGGAUACCGGUUCCACUCAACUCUAA